UCUCUUAUUCAAACAUGUCUCAACAAGAAGCUCCUGUUAAAACCGAAAAGCCAAAGAAGUCUCGUUCCAGCAAGGGAAACAAGGAACAACAAAUGAUACAGAAACAACAGCAAUUGCAACAGCAACAGCAACAGCAACAGCAAGAGCAGCAGCAAGAGCAACAAAUACAACAACAAGACCAGAAUGAAAGUAGUAAUAGUAAAAUGCCCAAGCUUCGUCUAGACCUUAAUAUUGAAGCCGAACUCUAUUUAAAAGCCAAAGCUCAUGGUGAUAUUACCUUGACACUUUUAUCAUAAUAUUUUCUUAUUUUUUCUCUCUGUGCAAUAUCAUAUUCUUAUCCAUCAAUAAACGCCUCUAUUUUACCCUUUAUAUA